UGUGUGAGCAGUCGUCGAGUUAAAGUUGUACAGUUUACCCGCGCAUCGGCGCAUGUACGCAGUCAGUCCAGCUUCCUGUGUAUAUUCUACGACCCACGUAUUUUAUACAUCAAAACAAAUCGCGCUACAUACUUUUAUUAAACGUUGAAAUGUUUAAUAUAUAUCAAUGUGAUAAGUGCCAUUAAUAAUUCUGAUGAUACGUGUAGUUUAUGAUCGUUUAGAUUAGUUUAGGAUAGCUUUACAUAGCGCAAAGCCGCAGCGAUGGCUUCAAGGUUAAGUGAAAGCAGCGACGCAUCCAGUGAUGUGGAGUCUGUGGAGUAUAACCAUGGAGUUAAAAGAAAACCGGAGAGAUAUUCCGUUGAUGAUAGUUCUGAGGAGCAAUCAUCGAAAAUGCCUUGUAUUGAUCCAAGUGACAGUUACUACAAUAAAGAUUCACAGUCAGAAGAAGAUGAACAAAAAGAAGAUAAUCGUGACUUUGAAACACCCAAUAUAAACAGUUUCUACAAAACUCAAUUCAAUCUUAAGUCCGAUGAAGAAGCAGAUGAAAACGGGCAAAGCUCCUACUACCGUGCCAGUAGUUUAUCAGAAGAAGAUAAAGAUGAUGUGCUAGAGAUAAAUAAUGAUUCUACAAGAAAGAGUGAGUUAAACAAAACAAAUGUAGGAACUGCAAAAGAAAAAAAUGAUGCUGCUUCCAAAGCAGAGCGUAUGAUGAUGCGGAUGGGUUACCAAAAAGGCAAAGGUUUGGGUAAAGAACUACAAGGUAGAGCAGAACCAGUAUCAGCCUCAACUCAAAAAGGUCGUCGAGGUUUGGGUCUAGAAUUAAAAGAAUUAAAAAAUGCUCAUAUUGAGUUUAAUCCAGAUGAAGAAGUUGUAGAAGCUCAGGAAGAAAUAUUGUGGUUAGAUAAUCCAUAUAAAGAUUCUCCAUCUGUAGAAGAAGUGACAGAGUGGGAGAAUGAAAGAAAAAUUGGUCUAUGCAAAAAGACUAUUGAUGGAGAAACUACAUUUUGUGAUGAAAUCGUGGUUAAAAAUAUCAUUAAUUCUAAAUCAGUGUUUGAUAGACUUGACAAAAAUGAAAUGCGAGAAGCAAGAACACGUUCUAAUCCAUAUGAAACAAUUCGAAAUUCAAUUUUUCUCAACAGAGCUGCUGUUAAAAUGGCCAACAUUGAUAAAGCUUGUAAUUUCAUGUUCACGCAACCAGACAACUUGCAGUCAGAUGACUUGCUGUAUUUUGCAGAUGUUUGUGCAGGACCUGGAGGAUUCAGUGAAUAUGUCUUGUGGAGGAAAAAGUGGCGAGCAAAAGGGUUUGGUUUUACGCUUAAAAAUGAAAAUGACUUUAAACUCCAUGAUUUUCAUGCUGGACCAUGCGAAACUUUUCAUCCUUAUUAUGGACCUAAAGAAGAUGGUAAUGUUUAUGACCCCAAAAAUCAGGUGGCCUUAAAAGAGUUGAUUAUGAAACAAACAGGAGAUCAAGGUGUUCAUUUUAUGAUGGCUGAUGGUGGAUUUUCUGUCGAAGGACAGGAAAAUAUACAGGAAAUUCUUUCAAAGCAGUUAUACCUUUGUCAGUGUUUAGUAGCGCUGAUGAUUGUCCGUACUGGUGGACACUUUGUGACAAAGUUGUUUGAUUUGUUUACACCAUUUAGUGGAGGACUAGUUUACAUAAUGUAUCGCUGCUUUGAUCAAGUCAGUAUUUUUAAGCCAAAUACAUCUAGACCAGCCAAUUCUGAAAGAUACCUAAUAUGCAAAGGAAAGCGACCUGAUAUAGAUCAUAUUGUUGACUACUUGUUUAGAACUAACAAGAGCAUAUUCAAAAACAAAGAAAAUGACAAGAACGAUAUUCUCGAAUUAGUCCCAGUGCAUAAAUUAACUUCAGAAAAUGAUUUUUUUGAAUAUUUAAAAGAUUCAAAUGAACAAUUAGGUCAAAAACAAAUUGUAGGUUUGAAAAAAAUUGCCGCGUACACGGAAGACAAAACUCUAUUUGAGACUAGACAAAAAACCAUGCGAGAGGAAUGUUUGAAACAUUGGGGCCUACCUGACGAUGCACGUACUUUACCGCGCCGAGUGAGUCCCAGUACCAAAGCACAAGAGCUGCUGCAAGAGUCGGUAAAUGUAUUGGAUAAAAGCGCCGUUAAAGAUGCUAUUGAACUUACAAUCGCAAACGUAAAGUCUACCAUUUUAGUUAAUGAGUAUGAUUGGUUCUGUAUGCCAUGCUCUUCUGGAAAGGGCAUUUCCAGUAAUGGUCAAGAGGAUGAAGCGCCAACAUUUUACCUUGGAACAGGACGAUACCAUGUGUAUAGGUAUAAAAAAGGUUCUUGGGAACAAAUUGGGAAUUCAGCUAUUGAAUUGCCAAGAGAUACUUUAGUUUAUGCAGAAAUGGUAACAGAGUUAAAGAAAGAAGGUAAAAGUCAAACCAAAACUUAUGGAUUGCAUAUAUUAGAUGCUUUUACACUUGGAGCUGAAAAAGUUUCAGACAAGCACAUAACUGAAAGGUUACAACUUGUGAGACUGUUUUGCAAAGCACUUUGGAAACCAGUGCAACAAUCCUGUUAUCCAGUACGAGUUAAGGAGUUGCUAGCAGUUAGUCAUCAUCUUGAUGAGAAAAUACAAAUGGAGACCAAGUCCAUGAAAAAUGGAACGAAAGUAUUAGGAUACUUUCCAUACAAGCAUUCUUACGAAAAUGACGACAACAAUCCAUAUUACUAUACUCCAAGAAGUGUUAUAUUUUUUAAAGCUACAGAAGAACCUUGGGCACGACACAAGAGCAGAACAAAUCAAAUGUACUUUUUCAAUAAACAAAACCGACAAUCCCUCUGGGAGAUUCCGCCAACAGCCGCAGUUACGUUUGCUAAAACUAUAGCAACUCGAAUCAUUUGGAAUUGGCCAUCUGAUAAAACUUUCAGUAUGAACGAUUUCAUCAAUUGUAUAAAACAAAAAUACUCUAGAUAGUGAUAUAUUUGCUUAUGCUUUUCAUUAGAACACCUUUCUAAAUCGUUUAAUGUAGAAAGGAACUUAAAUUUAAGUCAAACUAUUUUUUUAAAGUUCGUUUUCGUUUUCUCGUUACUUAGGUCAGAAUAGUACUUGUAAAUAUGUAAAUCCGUCAAAAAUUUAUUUACAUCAUCUUAGAAAUAAAUGAAUUAUGAAUAGACCUGCAAUUGAUACAACGCAUCUUUUGUCAAUAUUAUUAAGUAUUUCUUCAAUGUCGUCGCUCCUAAAAUGGGAGACAUUUCGCUACCGAAAUCCAAAAUUCUUUGCCUUCCUGUAGUUGCAUUUGUUUCUGGUUUCUCGUACAAAAAUGCAUGUCUUGUAUGUUCUACAAUAGCUAUGUAUGAGCCAUCUAAAAUAAUAGAUUAAUUAAUAAUAAUAACUUCAACUGA